CUCCGGCCUUGGGCAGGGUCGGGCUGAGCUCGCAGGGCUGACGGGGGGCCGGGAGGGGACUCGCGCCGAUCGCCUGCGCAGCACGGAGGCGCGAGUGCUUGCAUCCCCCCCCUUCUCCGCGCAACGCCACGCGCGAACAUUUUGUUUAGAACUGUGUUCAGAACUGUGUUCAGACAUAGAAGUGUGUUCAGACUGUUCAGACAUAGAACGGGGUUUUCCCGUCGCGGGAGUUCUGCCUGACACGCUGCAAUUUCAACCGAUCCCGGCUGGGGCAAUGCCGAGACUUGAAGAAUUAGAUAGAUCACUGCAGGCGGCUGUCGCCCGGCGUGACCAUUUUUCAAGGGCUCUGCUGAGCAGGCCGCGGCGGGAGCCUGGAACCGAAGGGGUGCGUCAGCGAACUUUCGAGGAGGCGAGCGCCGGAAAGAUGGCGGGCCCCUGGGAGGUGUUUCUGAAUGACCGGGGAGGCAUCGAAUCCUCGGUCUCGUUUGAAGACUGGUUGCCGACGCAGCGUUUCCCGCGCGUUCAGCAGCGGCCAGGAACGAGCUAUGCAGUUCGGCCCGUAGACGGCUGCACGGCUUCUGGGCUGAAUCCAGCAGCGGCCGUCGUAGAGAAAAUGCGGGUCGCGAGACUUCCGGUGCUUAUGGAAGUCUGCAGUUAUACAGCACGCGAAUUCAGAGAAUGGGGCGAAGAUGGGUCCCCCAUGGUGGCGAAAGGCGAUCAUAAGAAAGCCUAUCGCCAAUGGGCCGUGAGGCCGGACCACCAGCGGUACCUCGUGGCCCUGGUGUGGAGCGACGAUGUAGGACCGAACGGAGGGUUCCACGCGUUUGUACAUAAAGCACUCCCGUUCGGGGCCCUGGCAGCGGUUUGGGGCUGUGGACGCGUGGCUGGCAGCGUGUGCCACAUCCUGCAGCGUCUUUUCUCGUUUCCACAGUCGGCCUAUGUGGGCGACUUCAUGCGGGGGUCCCCCCGCCGCUGGGCAGCGUUGCUCCAGUGGAUUUUCAAGGACGUGCACUGCAUGUAAGGCAUCCCUCUGAAGGAUGGAAAGAACCAAGGGCCAGCCGCGCGAUUGGAAGUCCUCGGCGUGGAGAUAGCAGCAACGUCGCAGUGGGCUGCGCUGCGCCUCACGGACGCGAGGCGCGAGACCCUGCAGGCAACAGUAGACGGUGCUCUCCGUGCGCGCGCGUUCAGUACUAGGGGCGCUCAGCGGCUUGGCGGACAACUAGGUUUUGCGAGCGCGGGCCUCUUUGGGCGCGUGGGGCGCGCGUGCGCGCCAAUCGUGUCUUACCGCAGGGGCGGGUGGAGCCCGGCCCUGCGGCGCGCCCUGGAAUGGUGGAGCGCACUCCUGCAGUUCCCGCGCCACCAUUAUCGAGAGCAUGCCUGCGAUCACCGGCGCGCGAUGGCUUGGGUGGGCGGGUCGUGGGACAUGGCUGACGCCACGGGUGCCGUAGGUGCCGUACUUUUCGUGCGCGGCAGGGGGCAGUGGAGCAUGUCUGCCCGCGCCCCGCAAGCGCUCUGCAGCGAAUUAUCGCAGUGCGGGAAAGAGCAGCGUAACACGCAGUCUGAGCUCUGGGCAAGCCUGAUGCUGCUCUUAUCGAAACCAGAGGGACUGCGCGGGACAUUCCUUGAGAUCUGGGAAGAUAGCGCUGCGGCGUUGUACAAUGCACUCGCUGGCUCGGCGGCCGACGACCAGAGUGGGGGGCUCGUGGCGGCGAUCUGGCUGAUAGCGGCCGCGCUGCGCCUCAGCAUCUGGAUUGGCUGCGUGCCAUCGCCGUCCAAUUGCGCAGACCCUUUCUCGCGCCCCAACGAAGCCCCCAAGCAGAGGGGGGCUGCCCAGCUGUCGCGCGAAUUUAAACUCGUGCAGGCAGACCCCGUCUUGCCGGCCAGCGCGCGCACCGCGCCCGCGACUUGGGCGGCCGCAGUGCAAGCGGCGCGGGCGCCCGGCCAAUUUAAGGAGCGGGCGGCCCAAGCGCGGUUGGCUGCGCAGCUUGGCGUCGCCGCCGUGGGCAGCAGCGCUGUGCAGGCUCUCCUCGAACGAGUUAGUUUCGCCGCGCAAAACGCCGAGGUCGCCCUCGGGUGGGUGGAGUUGCGACGCAAGGGAAUCGUCGGCGCAGCAACCGCCCACCACGCGGAUUUAACGCGCGUCUUGUGCGAAGCGUUUCGCCAGCAAUGCCCGGGCCAACGGUGCGCGACAAUCGUGCUCGCGGCAGGGGGCGCUCCCGCAUUGCCCAAGGGGGCGGCGCGCAGCAAGGCAGCGCUGCGGGCAGGAGACGUAACCGCCGCUUUCUGGGAAGUGUCUGGCGCGGCGACACCAAGCGCCAGGGGCGAAGCUGCGUUGGCGAAAUGCGGAUCACCCGUGUGGUAGAAGGAAAAUAGCGAUGGAA